CACAGCGGUAGCCGGUGGAAUCCAAAACCAACCAGUUUUUUUCUCAUGACAGAAAUGCUGAGCCUUCUAGCCCUCGUUUGCUUCAUUGCCUGCGCUGUUGCGUAUCCUGGCUAUUCAGACCAUUAUCCAGACACUUAUGAUGGAUACAGCAAAGACCAUUAUUCAGACACUUACAGCAAAUACGACGAAGGCUAUGGUACAGGCUACAGCGACUACUACCCAAAGCAUUAUGGGAUGAUCCACAGAGGAAGAAGUAGUGGUGGUUUCGGUGGUGGAUCUGCCUCUGCCGCUGCUGCUGCAUCUGGUCUUCGUGGUUUUGGUGGAAUUGGUGGAGGAUCAGCCGCUGCCGCUGCUGCCGCCGCUGCCUCUCGGUUUGGUGGUCUUGGAGGAGGAUCAGCCGCUGCCGCUGCUGCCGCCGCUGCCUCUCGCUUUGGUGGUCUUGGAGGAGGAUCAGCCGCUGCUGCUUCUGCCGCUGCUGCUGGAAAUGCCGCUGCCGCUGCUGCUGCCGCCGCUGCUGCUAACAAUGUAGCAGUAGGACCGAUCAUACAACCCACUUAUGGCUUUCCACUCUAUGGAUUAAACUUUGGCGCUGGUUCUGCUGGUGUGGGAUUAUUUGGACUAGGAGGAGGUGCUGCAGCCGCCGCUGCCGCUGCUGGACAGGGUGCUGCCGCUGCAGCCGCUGCAGCAGCUGGGCAGGGUGCCGCUGCUGCAGCCGCCGCUGCCGCUGGACAGGGUGCCGCUGCCGCUGCAGCUGCUGCCGCUGCUUCUAGAAUCUAUAGUGGAUAUAAUGGAAUUUAUGGAUUGGGUGGAAUGGGUGGAUUGGGUGGAAGUGGAUUAGGCCAAUUUUCCAAUGGAUUCAACUUUGGAGGUGGAUCUGCUGCUGCUGCUGCUGCUGCUGCCGCAGCUGCUGGACAAAAUGCAGCCGCUGCCGCAGCUGCAGCCGCCGCUAAUGGAGGUGCUGGGGCUUCUGCUGCAGCCGCUGCUUCUGGUGGAUUUGGUGGUAUAAUGAGCAGUUUGGGCGGUGGUAUCAGUGGUGGUAUUGGCGGUGGUAUUGGCGGUGGUUUUGGCGGUGGCAUUGGCGGUGGUAUUGGCGGUAGACGUGGCGGUCGCAAAACAAAGCUGUAUUACACAGCGGUAGCCGGUGGAAUCCAAAACCAAUCAGAAAUGCUGAGCCUCCUAGCCCUCGCCUGCUUCAUUGCCUGCUCUGUUGCAAUUCCUGACUAUUCAGACCAUUAUCCAGACACUUAUCAUGGGUACAGCAAAGACCAUUAUCCAGACACUUAUCAUGGGUACCGCAGAGACCAUUAUCCAAACACUUAUGAUGGGUACAGCAAAGACCAUUAUCCAGACACUUACAGCGAAUACCCACGCUAUGCUAAAGGCUACCACCAUUAUGGGAUGAUCCACAGAGGAAAUAAUGGUGGGCUGAAUGGCGUAGGAAGUGUUGGUGGUGGUUUCGGUGGUGGAGCUGCAGCUGCCGCUGCCGCUACUGCUGCUGCAUCUGGUCUUCGUGGUUUUGGUGGAAUUGGUGGAGGAUCAGCCGCUGCCCCUGCUGCCGCCGCUGCCUCUCGCUUUGGUGGUCUUGGAGGAGGAUCAGCCGCUGCUGCUGCUUCCGCCGCCGCCACCGCCGCUGGAAAUGCCGCCGCCGCUGCUGCUGCCGCCGCUGCUGCUAACAAUGUAGCAGUAGGAACAAUCAUACAGCCCACUUAUGGCUUCCCAAGCUAUGGAUUAUUUGCAGUAGGCGGAGGUGCUGCAGCCGCCGCUGCUGCCGCUGCUGCUGGACAGGGUGCUGCCGCUGCUGCCGCUGCAGCUGCUGGACAGGGUGCCGCUGCUGCAGCCGCUGCCGCAACUGGACAGGGUGCCGCUUCCGCUGCAGCUGCUGCCGCUGCUUCUAGAUUCUAUACUGUAUAUGGUGGAAUGGGUGGAAUGGGUGGUGGAAUGGGUGGAAUGGGUGGAAUUGGAUUGGGACCAUUUUCCAGUGGGUUCAACUUUGGAGGUGGAUCUGCUGCUGCUGCUGCUGCCGCAGCUGCCGGGCAAAAUGCUGCCGCUGCUGCAGCUGCAGCUGCUGCUAAUGGAGGUGCUACCGCUUCUGCUGCAGCCGCUGCUUCUGGUGGAUUUGGUGGUAUGGGAGGACGUUUUGGCGGUCGUAUCGGUGGUAGUUCUGACGGUAGUAUGAUGGGUGGUAUUGGCGGUAGACGUGGCGGUCACAAAAAAACAAAGGUAUUUCUAUGAACGAUUAGAAAAUUUGAAUAAAAUCAUUUAUCAUGAGUAGAAGUAAUGUAAA